AUGGACAAGACGGACGAGGCAGUGUUCGUUGGCGUGAGGCUGCGGCCCUUUCUGGGCUACGAAUCGCGACAGCAAUGCCUUACCGCUUCCGGGAAGCUAAUCUCCGUGGUCGGAGAAUUUCCUGACAAGAAGAAGGACUUCGCAUUCGAUUGUGCGAUGGACAGCACUGAUGCUUCCAAGCCGGACUACGUUUCGCAGGAGAAGUGCUACGAAAUGAUAGGGCGCAGAAUGGUGCAGCAUUCCAUUUCCGGAUAUCAUACGUGCCUGUUCUGCUACGGCCAGACCGGCAGUGGAAAGACGUUCUCUUUCAUGGGCAAGAAGAGUGAGCCGGAGCAGGGUCUGCUGCCCCGGCUCCUGCGGGACCUGUUCGGAGAGGUGGAAUCCUUGCGCAGCUUGGGUGGUCAGGUGCAGUGCCGGGCGCAGAUGCUGGAAGUCUACAACGAGAAAGUUCGUGAUCUGCUCGAGGACAAGGAAAAAGCCAAGGCGCCAGAGAUUCAUGUGCAUCCAAAGGUGGGGGUCUAUGUUGAUGGUGCUACCGAUGUGCAGAUUGAGACUCUGGAGCAACUUCAAAAACUGCUGGAAACCGGGCUUUCGAGGGCAAGCGUCGCAGCCACGAUGCGAAAUGCUACAAGUUCUCGUGGGCAUACUCUAUUCAGGCUUCUAAUGGAAAAGCACGAAGCUCACACAAUGGUCUCCUCUGAGGUUUUCUGCGUAGAUUUGGCAGGGAGAGAGAACGAGAAGACUACGAAAGUAACUGGUGAAAACUUCGUAGAGCUCACAUUCAUCAAUCGAAGCUUAAUGUGGCUUGCCCCGUGCAUACAAGGGCUUGGACGGCAAGCGCGUCAGCGCGGGAACUCAGACGAAGUUGAUGGCUCGAGCCGAGCUCGAUUCCGAAACUCCAAGCUCACCUUGCUGCUCUCCAAUGCACUCACGGGCAACUCCAAAACAUGCCUGUUGGGAACGCUAAGUCCUGCAGCGGUCAACUUAGAUGAAAGCUAUGUCACGCUGAACUUUGCGAGCACCGUUAAGAGCAUCAAGGUUACUGCAAAGCGUGUUGCGAAGGUGGACAAGGACUCUCUUAUCCAAAGCUUGAACGAAGAGCUGCGAAGUCUGAAAGAUCAGCUGAACAGCGCGACACCGAGAAAUGCGCAAGAUCUCGAUUCUCAAGCAGGCUUCAUUCGCAACAUGAUGGAGAGCUACAAGGCUCGAUGGGAAGAGGCGCAGAAGAAUGCAGAUCUCUUGCGAAGGCAGAAGGAUGAUGCGUUGCAAAAUCUUGCAAUAUCGAGAUGGAGGUUUGCGAGAGCCACAGUGAAGAACGAGCUCCGAGAUGAAGCGCGAGCAGACGCCGCGAUCGAGCAGCUGCAUCUGCAGGGCACGCCUCCCUCACAAGGCACGCAGUCGAACGGAGCUUCUCCGGUUAGCCCAGAGAGCUUCGAAGUGCACUUCGACCCGCACGAGCCAAGCGAGCACAGGCUGCCUGAAACUGGUGCUUCCCAAGUAGAAAGCAUGCGAUACCAGCAGUCGGUAUCCACGAACUCUGCAGAAAUGGGCGCAUGGUUAAGCCACUGGCGAACACCGGCCGCAUCAGAUAGUGGCCACCGAUACCGAGACUCUCGGCUCGAAGAAGUUCCAACUUGGGUUUCGGGCUUGGUCAUCUAUUCCAAAGAUCCCAGCUUCAGCGGCCGACUUAUCUUUCAUGCUGAAGAAGAAGGGCGGCGCUACGUCCUGGGAUGUUCAUCCCGGUGUGAUUUUCAACUACCACAGACACCAGGCAUUUGUCCAGAGACAUGCCUCAUUUGGCAGGAGUCGGGGCGCCUUUUCCUCAAGCCGUUGGGGAUUAUUCUUCUGCCUUCGGCCGCCAUUGAGGUCAACGGCACACGACUCGUUCGCGCCGAAGCGAAAGAGCUGCUGCAUCAGGACUUCGUCGUGCUCGGCCAGUCUUUCAGGUUCUUCGUCUUCACCAAGCCGGAUCCAACGGUACAAGCCCUCCUGUUCAGUGGCCGUGCAGAGGAAGGUGCAAACGACGAGUCCACCAACGCCGCCAUCAGAGGCAUCAUUGCCGAGCGGGCGUGCUCACCACUCGAAAUGGAACGGGCCAGACGAUACCUGCGUGCGUUGGAAGAGGACAUGGUGUCCAGCACUUCAUCGAAGGACGAGUUUUUGAAGCGCGCAAUGCAGGCGCGGAACAUGAUAGAGGAUGCCAAAGUUUUUUCCAAAGCGCUCAGGCCACAUGAUGGUUUGAGCUACGAGCUGCUGACUUUAUCGCCAGUGCUGUCGCUGCACGAGCUGGGGACACCAAGUCUGUGCAUCAGAGUCUUGAAAAAUGCAAAUCUUGCUCCGACUGAAGUCGCACUCUGGAGCUUCAGCACGUUUCAGAGCCGACUGAACCUCAUGAAGAAUGCUUACAAUCGCACAUUUCGUCCUGCAACACCUGCAACGGAUGAUCCUUGGCGGGAGAUGACAGCUUUCUGGCCCGUGGGCGCAGCCGGCUACGAAAAUCACAAUGCUCAAUUGCAGCACCCUGUCGCAAUCAAUCCUCCCACUCCCGUCCCUGUCUACCGGACGCAACUGCCGGCUGCAACCACUUUGAGCCCACAGUGGAGGACACCUAUACAGCCAUUCCAGAUCGGUUUCCAAGCCAUUCCACCGACCGUGUCCUACAGGUACUUGCUGGUAAGAGCUUGCCUUCCUGACAUGACGGAGCACCUCGCCUUCCUGGCCAAAGCCGAGCUCGUCCAAGGUUGGAGCCACCGCUUGGCCCUGAAGGAAACAGCUCCGGCCGUUACAGCCGCAGGAGCAGGGCUCAUCGCCACAGAAGCUCUGAACAACAAGGUGGUGCCCGUUGGGUGCCGGCGGAUGCUCCGCACAGGCAGGCAGAUGAGGCGGCCAGCGCCGAGCCACAGCCACAGCAGUCGCAAGGGGAGAGCAGGAAAAGCUCCAAAGGCCACAGCGAAGCAGCGUGUUGGACUUGCGGUGUACUCAAUCAUGGCUGACUUGCCAGGUCGCUCCUGCGAUACGCCCGUGGAUCUGGCGGGCGACACACAUGAGAUGCUUCCGAAGGCAUCUGGCCAAUCCCAGCCUCGUCGCUACGGCUCCAGUACUGGAACUGUGGCAGAGCGACUUGCGGAUCAGCUUUCUCGAGGUUCGUACGACUGUAUGAUUUGCCUGGCAAAGGUGAAGCCGAGCCACCACAUAUGGUCCUGUGACCAAUGCUGGGCAGCGUUCCACCUGAAGUGCAUCAGAAGCUGGGUCCGGCGAUGCAACAAUGCCAACGGUCCGGAGUUUGAGUGGGCGUGUCCAGGAUGUCGCUAUCAUCGAGUCGACGUGCUGCCACAGUACAGCUGCUAUUGCAAGAAGCUGCCAGAGCCGGAGCUGAGUCCGCAUUGGCUAGCUCACAGCUGUGGCGAGGUGUGUGAGCGCAAUCGAGGAUGCCCUCAUCCCUGCCCAGAGCUUUGUCAUCCCGGGCCUUGUCCCCGCUGCACUGCGGUUGGUGGUCCUGGGAGCUGCCAUUGCGGCCGAGAGCAGACUGAAACGACGAGGUGCGGUGAUCCCAAGCGCUGGUCUUGCGGCCAGCCAUGUGGAAAAACCCUGAGCUGCGGCCUACACGCUUGCAAAGCGAGGUGUCACGAGGGUCCCUGCCCGCCUUGCUCAGAGACAUCGCUGGAAGCCUGUUUCUGUGGCAAGAAGGAGGAGCGCCGGCUGUGUGGGCAGGCCAGCUUCUCCUGCAGCCAGCCAUGUGGCAAAGCUUUGGAUUGCCAGGAGCAUUUCUGCGAAAGGGAAUGCCACCCUGGCGAUUGCGGCUUGUGUCCGAAGGAUCCCAAGACUUGGGGUGAUCGCUGUGCUUGCGGCAAGACCUCCAAUUGCAGCAGCGAGUCAGUGCGACCUCGCCUCGCGAAGUUUGUGGGUCCGAGGAGAAGGUGUUCACAGCCACUCCCUCUUUGCAAGCAGCUAUGUGGGAGAAGACACGACCGUUGUUCGCACACGUGCGAACUGAAGUGCCACGAGGGAGCCUGUGGUGCCUGCACGAUCAAGGUGCAGCGAAACUGCCGGUGCGGUCGAACAGCGCGAGAAGUUGCUUGCUCAACAGGUGACGAGGUGGUUUGCCAUCAUAUUUGUCGGACGAAGAAGACAUGCGGGAACCACAAAUGCGACGUGGUGUGCUGUGAAGGCUUCAACAAUCGCAACCACGAGGCACAUAUGUGCCUGCAAGUCUGUGGACGUCCGCUAUCCUGUGGCAACCACACAUGUGAGGAGUUUUGCCACUUGGGGAAUUGCCCUCCGUGCCGCGUGGUGUUGCAUGAGCCUCUGUAUUGCGCCUGUGGAAAAAGCUUUGUUGAACCGCCUGUGUUCUGUGGUACAAAACCACCAGAGUGCGAUGAGCCCUGCGGACAGCUGAUGGAGUGUGGUCACGUUUGUCCAGCAAAGUGCCAUGAAGGGCCACACCCACUGUGUUACGAGCCCGUGUCGAGAACUUGUUUGGGUGGUCACAUGCAAAUGCGCAACACGCCCUGCCAUGUGGGUCCUAUCUCCUGUGGUCAGCCGUGCGGUCGGCUGCUCUCCUGUGGGCACAGCUGUCCGUGGCAAUGCCAUGCAGGUGAGUGCAAGCCCUGUUCGAGGCCAUGCGGAGCAAGGAGAGUUCAUUGCAGCCACACUUGUCAGGCAGACUGCCAUCCAGGUUCGCCGUGCGAGGAUACUCCCUGCAAGUGGAAGAUCAAGCAAGCGUGCCCGUGCGGUCAAAGAGUGGAGGAGCGCCUUUGUGGUGCCUGGAGCGGUCACCUGCCAUCUACCUCAGCCUUGCGUUGCUUGCCUUCUUGCCAGCGGCAGCCUGUUGAAGCAGAGACUCCAGGUGAGGCGGUCAAGUACACCGCUGACCUCUUCCAGUUGGCUUCUCAUCAUCGUAAAUACAUUGAGAUGCUCGAGGACGUGUUCACGGAAACCAUUCUCGACGGAGCUGGCAAAGGAACUUCUCGCGGCAAUGCUCCGGCUUCUGGGCUGCAUCUUUUAUUUUCGAUGGCGGCUGCCGCGCGUUUGGAAGACGUGCAGGGCGAUGGAGCAUGUAAUAUCAUAAUGUAA